ACUGCCUAGUCCCUCCUUCCCUCGCCUUAUGGUCGGGUCGUACCUGCCCGCCGUGCACAAGUCAGGGCUACUCUCGGGACUGCUAUGUGCCCCCUCCGGGAGCCCACGCUCCACCACUGCUCCACCUUGGCUGCUCCCCACCUACUUUUCCAUGACCCUGGGCUGCGGCCGCUGCCCCGCUGUCCUCCGCAAUGUUUCCUAGCCCUGUGACAAGCACCCCCUUCUCGGUGAAGGAUAUUCUGAACCUGGAGCAGCAGCAGCAGGGCGGCCUGGGCUCCAUGGAGCUGGCCUCGCUGGCCUCCCCGUCCUGCAUGCUGGCCACCUUCAAGCAGGAGGCGUUCGGCGCCGAGCCCCCGGCCCUGCCCGAGCUGCGGGAGGAGCUGCCCGAGCCGCCCCCCAGCAAAACCACCGCCGCCUUCCCCGGCUCCUACUACAUGAAAAGCUACAUGGAGAUGGAUUCAGCCAAGGAGGCCAAGGCAGACAAGAAAGAGCUGUGUUCCCUACACAAGAGCCUGGAGCAGGAGAAAAGAGACCUGGAAGAUCCCGAGCGCCCCAGACAGAGGAAAAGGAGGAAACCUCGCGUCCUCUUUUCCCAAGCCCAAGUGUACGAACUGGAGAGAAGGUUCAAGCAGCAGAAAUACCUCUCGGCCCCGGAGAGGGACCAUCUAGCCAACGUCCUAAAGCUCACCUCCACGCAGGUGAAAAUUUGGUUCCAGAAUCGAAGGUACAAAUGCAAAAGGCAGAGGCAGGACCAGACGCUGGAAAUGGUGGGGAUCCCUCCCCCGCGGCGGAUCGCCGUGCCCGUGCUGGUGCGCGAUGGGAAGCCCUGCCUGGGGGAAUCGUCCCCCUACAGCUCGCCCUACAAUGUCAGCAUCAACCCCUACAGCUACAACGCCUACCCCGCGUACACCAACUACAACAGCCCCGCCUGCAACGCCAACUACAACUGCAGCUACCCCUCCAUGCAGCCCAUGCAGCCCUCGGCGCCCGCCAACAACUUCAUGAACUUCAGCGUGGGGGACUUGAAUUCGGUGCAAACGCCCAUCCCGCAGGGCAACGCGGGCAUCUCCACCUUGCACGGGAUCCGAGCCUGGUAGAGCCCCGCGCCCAGCCCGCGCCCCCCGGGGGUGGGGAUGGACGGGCUGCGAGCCGGGCUCGGGACAGUUCCAGGCUGCGGGGCUCGAGGACGGUUCUGUGGAGCAUCCCCGAGGAUCUCACGAGUGUGGUGGCCACGGACGGGGCGGGUUUUGGUGUUUCGUGCAGGGGAUACCCGCAUUUCCCGGUCCCUCUCGCUCCCUUUCCACCCGGAUUCUUCACCCUGAUAAUUCUCCUCCUUCCUUCCUACAAACGAGCCGGUAAUUUGGCGUGACUUGUUCCCAACAACACCCAGCCAAGCCCUGCAACUCUCUCUUUUUUUUUUUUUUUUUUAACUUUUACUCUAUACUAAUUAUUAUUGUCAUCCACAUUUAAUUUUUGCACUUCCCGUACGGUCCCCGCUGUUCGGCACCCCAGAUGUCCUUUGCCAACCUGGGCAGGGAUGAGGACAGACAGACAGACAGACAGACUCCCACCCCAGCCGGGGCGAGGGACACAGACACUCCGGCCCGCCAGGUCCCGUAGGGUUCUGCACUAAAACGUGAGUUAGUAUGGAAAUGCACUGUCCGCCCCUUCGUACGUGUUGCCCUUUGCUGUACAAGCUGACGGAGAUCAGCGAGUUGUCAUUAAAGAGAGUGGCUGAACCUCGGCGUCCCUGGCGUUCUUGCGCAUCCCGGGGGCUCUCCCGGGCCGCGCCCCCCGCUCCGGGAGCCUUUCCCUGCCGGUCCCCCCGGGUUUGUGUAGCCUUCCCCUGCCUUCGGCAUUC